CUUCUCUCGAUUACUUGACCAACAAUACGCCUUCUCGCUCUUUUUCUUCUUCUUUGCUUGCUCCUCCCCGUUUGCCCUUUCUUCUUUGCGCAUUCGGCCAUUGUCCCUGCAUUAGUUACUUUCCUCGAACCUCGCGCACUUCUGAAAAGAAACACAUGAAAAUGAAGGACUCAUCGCCCCUGCCGCCAUCCUCUCUGCCCCCGCUUUAUUCACCACACAUCGAGAAAGACAACAGCUUCACACUCGGGCCUUCCGACCGUGAACUCGAAAGAGUGCAUGACCAAGACAACUUGACCGCUCCUCAAGCUCGCCGCUCCGACCUUCCGCCCUCUCUGAUCUCCCCCGCUUUCACACCACCCGCCACCCCCGGCACAUCCACUCCCCGCCCUCCGCGCUCUAUACCCAUAGACACGUCUCUUCCAUCCGAUGCCCCAAGGCCCGAAUUGCUCGAGGAGCUUCCGGUGGUGGAGUGCGCUGUGCGCGCACGCAUACCCACGACAACCGGCCAGGAGAUGUGGCUACAUGUGUAUCGAAACAAUGUAGACACCAAGGAACAUCUCGCAAUCGUCUUCGGAAACCAGAUCAGAAGCCACAGCCUAGAUCGUGAGCGACCUGGCGAAACCGAACUCGACCGCAUGACCCGAGGGGCUUACGUGGGACGUUUAUACCCAGGACGAACGAGCUCGCGCAUAGAGCAGAUCAAAAAAGCGGAAGGCAUCCCCACCAAGCCCCUCGCUCCGCAACAAUCCCAGCCGCCCUCCACCGCUCCUAGUACGAGCGACACCCCGUCCCUCUCCUCCUCCCCUGCCUCACCCACCUCCGACAGCGACGUUGAAUCUUCCUCGCUCGACCUUCCCCUCGUGCGCAUUCACUCGGAAUGCUACACAGGCGAGACAGUAUGGUCCGCGCGCUGUGACUGCGGCGAGCAGCUCGACGAGGCCGCGCGCCUCAUGUCAGACGUCCACCUAUCGCCCACUGGCGGCGCCAUCAUCUACCUGCGCCAAGAAGGCCGCGGCAUCGGCCUGGGCGAGAAGCUCAAAGCGUACAACCUCCAGGAUCUCGGCAACGAUACUUACGAGGCCAACGUCAUGCUCAGACACCCUGCUGAUGCUAGAAGCUACGGUCUUGCCACGGCCAUGUUAAUGGACUUGGGUCUGGGUGGCGAAAGGGGGAUUCGAUUGCUGACGAAUAAUCCGGAUAAGGUGCGUGCGGUAGAGGGUCCGGGUAGGGAGGUUGUGGUCAGAGAGAGGGUGGCCAUGGUGCCGCUGGCGUGGAAGACUGGGGGUAAAACUGGCAUCAAGAGUGAGGAGGUGGAGAAGUAUUUGAGUACCAAGGUAAGUUCUGUUUUCCCCCGUGUUGCUGGGAUUCUGCUUCUACUUUCCAUCACCAAAUCCUCUAGUGCAAUCUCUCCUUACAAUUUGCCCAUCUUCGCAACCCGAAAUUUGCAUUCCUGA